GGAUCUAAUCUGACUUAUCAUAUCUGAAAUCCUUUGAUUUAAAAAAGUUGAUAAUCAGACUUAAAAAAUGACUCACAGGGAGUUGGUAAAUCCCCAAUACACUAGAUAGAUAUCACUUCUCUAUGUUAUAUCUCUCUCUUUUAACGAGAACGAAAAAAAUCCCCGACAGCGAAUUCCGAAGACCUUCUAUCCCAAAUUUCUUUUUUGUUGCUAGCUCACUAUGUAAAAUUUAUCUCCAAAUGCAUUUUAUUGUUUUAGCUUAUUAGGAAAAUUGUGGAAGCUCGACUGUUUUGCUUGACUCGUUCUGCCUGUUGCGGUGCACUUGCCUAAUCUUCUAGCUUAGACCUCCCAUCCAGCCGUUGUGGUGUGCUUUCCCAAUCUUCUAGCCUAUAUCUUUGUCCAGCCGUUGACAGUAGCCCAAUCUUCUAGCCUAGAUCUCC